CGCCGCUGACGUCACUGCUGUAAGCAAAAAUGGCGGCGUCCUGUGUGCGAACCGUGGGACCGUUCCUCGGAAAAUGUGGGAAUUACAGCUCGAGUAUAAACACAGUCACGUCGCAGUUAAGCCGACAGGUUCUGAGCAGGCAGAUAUGUGUGAGCUCUGCCCUCCACAGAAAGAACCUGGCGGCUGCAGGGCCAGAAAAGUUCACGGUGGAGUUCAUCCAGAAGCAGGUGGAGGAUUUUAACAUCGGGAAACGGCACCUGGCCAACAUGAUGGGAGAAGAGCCCGAGAACUUCACCCAGGAGGACAUAGAUAGGAGCAUAGCCUACCUCUUCCCCUCCGGCCUGUUUGAGAAGAAAGCCCGGCCCCUCAUGAAGCAUCCAGAGGAAAUAUUUCCAAGGCAAAAAGCCGUCCAGUGGGGAGCGGACGGACGGCCAUUCAACUGCUUGUUUUACACCGGCAAACAGUCCUACUACUCUCUGAUGCAUGAAAUGUACGGCAAAAUCCUGAACAUAGAGAAGUACCAAGAUCGUCUGAGAACCAAGGGUCUCUUCACCCGGGACGUCAAGCAGAUCUCUCUAGGCACAAGCAGGUGGCUCACAAAGGAGGAACUGGAGGCGUUGCUGGUCGAGACCAUCUCCACGCAUGAUUACAAUCGCUUCAUCCAGCUGAUGGAGCGCCUGCUGUCCAUGCCCUACUGCGCCACGGAGCAGGAGUUUGUCCUGCGUUACCGCCGGCAACUGGAGGCCCUGUCCAGGAAGCAAAUGGUGCCGCCACUGGAGAGAGAUGACAGGGGCGUGGCCUUUAGCACCUCAGAGGGUCGGAGAAAGACGUCCAACUCCUCUGUGGUUCUUCGAGACUGCGGCUCCGGACGCAUCACCAUCAACAGCCAAGACUACCUGCACUACUUCCCCAUACUGCAAGACAGAGAGCAGCUGAUGUUCCCGCUGCAGUUCAUGGGCGUGCUGGGACGCUUUGACCUGGAGUGCACCGUGAGCGGCGGCGGGCGGGCCAGCCAGGCGGGGGCGCUGCGGCUCGCCAUCUCCAGUGCCCUGCUCAGCUUCCUGUCUGAGGGAGAGGUGGAGACCAUGAGACAAGCUGGUUUGCUGACCCCCGACCCGAGAGUGAGGGAGAGGAAGAAGCCGGGCCAGGAGGGAGCAAGAAAGAAAUUCACCUGGAAGAAACGCUGAGGAGGAGAAUCACCUCACCUGAACUCAAAUAUGAAACAUUCACACUGACUUCUGGUAUUAAUUUGAACUGAUUCCUCAUCUGUUUCCCAGAGGCCACGUCACUUAUGUAGUUUAUUUAAGCUCAUGGAAGAGCAAACAGCUGAAGUUCUCACAGGCCGCCAUGUUUCAACACUCAGCAAGCUGCAGUGAGCCUCUUCAGCCACCAGAUGGAAGUGUCUGUCAAGGAAUAAAUGAAAAAGUUGAAUAUAUUUAUCAGUAUAUUAAACAAUAAAUAAGGUUUUUCAUAUAAAAUACAUGUCUUGUUUUUGUAAUUUUCUUUUGCCUGCGAUUAAUAGGAAGUUUAACCAUUUUACAUGUUUUCUGCACACUUCCUAAUGUCAGCAUUGCAGUUUAACUUUCUUCAUGAGUUUGGUCUUAAAAUAUAGGCCACAUGCCAGCCAACUGACCAACUUGACCAACUAAUCAAGUGAUUGUCCAAUGUUUUCAGUACUAAACCUUUUCAAACCUGCUGAUAUACAAAUCUUCUAUUUCAUGUCCAGCUUUGGCCACAAGAUGUCGCCAAAUGUGCAUAAAUGUUGACCAGGUGAGCCUCUGCUAAUUAACAUGCACCUUCAUCUGUUCAGAAUAAUCAGGUCAUCAGUUGAAUGGAUCAUGAUUGAUAAAUUAAUAAAAUCUGGUGCAGUAUACUGUA